AUGGGAAACUGUUCCAGUUCACCAGCAACACAAGUAUCGUCGAGUGAGACGCGGCAAGUUGAAGCUGAAAGUCAAAGUAAAGGUGAAAGUGAAGUAAACAUAGAUUUGAAACAUGCUAAACAAGAAUUCGAAGCUAAAUAUGCACAAUCAUCGAAACAAACGGUUAAAAUAGAAGAUUUUCAAUUGGGAAGAACCCUUGGCACGGGAGCUUUUGGCUACGUCGUAUUAGCCAAAUAUGAAAAUAGAUCAUUGGCAUUAAAAAUCAUGGAAAAACAUGUUAUUGUCGAACUUGGUCAAGUUGAACAUAUUUUAUCUGAGAAACAUAUUUUGCAAGCAAUCAAUUUUCCAUUUAUCGUCACUUUUAUUUGUGCAUUCAAGGAUAAUGCUCAUUUGUAUUUGGCACUUGAGUUUGCAAGCGGUGGUGAAAUGUUUGUUCAUUUUAGAAAUAUGACGCAACUUCCGGAAGAUCAAGUACAAUUUUACGCUUCACAAAUUGUGCUAGCCUUCGAAUAUUUACAUAACUUAAAUAUCAUCUAUAGAAAUUUGAAAGUAGAAGAAAUUUUAUUUGAAGCUGAUGGCUAUUUGAAACUAACUGAUUUUGGAUUAGCAAAAGUUGUGCAAGAACGAACCUACACACUAUGUGGAACGCCUGAGUAUUUGGCACCUGAGAUCAUCACAGGCAUUGGUUAUAAUAAAAGUGUCGACUAUUGGACAUUAGGGAUCCUGAUAUAUGAACUUACAGCGGGUGCGACCCCUUUUCAUGAUGAAGAUCCAACGAGAAUCUUCAAAAAAAUUCUUCAAGGUUCAUUCAACAUUCCAGGAUACUUUGCAUCUGAUAUCAGAGAUUUAUUAAGUAAACUGCUUCAAACUCGUCCACUACGACGUUAUGGUAAUUUACAGAAUGGCGUAGAUGAUAUUAAAAAUCAUCCAUGGUUUUCUUCGAUCAAUUGGGAAAGUCUAUUGAAGAAGCGUAUCAAAGCACCCUAUAUACCAGAACCUGAUAAAGAUCAUUAUGAAACUUAUGAAGAAAAAAAAUUGAUUCAUGCCGAAACAGAAUUGUAUCCGACGGAAUUCGAUAGUUUUUAG